UGCAAAUAUGGAGGAGAGAGAGUUGUGACAGAAAACCUCACACUUUUCACGGAAAAAAGAUUCGCCAGAGCGAUAAACGGGAACGACCGGCGCGGCCGAAAAGUGAGCGUCGGCGAGGAGAACGGCGAGAGGAGUACUGUUAUCAGUGACGCCCUGCUGACACCUCUGGCCAUGGCUGACGCUGACGCUGACGCCCAGCGCUGAGCCACCCCCCACCCCCCCCCCACACGGACACGCCCCGUUUCUCACUCACACACACACGGAAGCACGUCUGUCUGCGACGCUCUGUCGGCCGCCGGCUCCAGUCGCUCGCGGAGUCUCUCAGCCAGUGGGGAGGACACAGGGCAGCUCUGUCCAUGAACUCGUCCAACACGCCAGUGGUGGAGGUGAAAACCUCUCUGCCCUCUGGCAUGCAGAGCCCGGUGGGUGGGGGAGGUGGAGGUGGAGGUGAGCAGGAUGGGGUUGGCGGGGGCCCCGUGGACUUGCGGACGGAGCCCCGACUGGGUGCCCUGAGCGGCGUGGACCCGGCGCUCCGUGAGCAGCAGCUCCAGCACGAGCUGCUGCUACUGAAACGGCAGCAGGAGCUGCAGAAACAGCUGCUGUUUGCCGAGUUCCAGAAACAGCACGAGGUGCUCACCCGCCAGCACGAGGUGCAGCUACAGGAACACCUCAAGCAGCAGCAGGAGUUGCUUGCAGUGAAGCGACAGCAGGAGUUGGAGCAGAAGAGGAAGCUGGAACAGCAGAGACAUGAAGAGCUGGAGAGACAGAGAGUGGAACAGCAGCUCACCAUGCUCCGUAACAAGGAGAAGGGCAAAGAGAGUGCGAUCGCCAGUACUGAGGUCAAGCUGAAGCUACAGGAGUUCCUGCUGAGCAAGAAGGAUCCCCCCUCUGGUGGACUCAACCAUUCCUUCCCCUCGAAGUGCUGGGGUGCUCACCACACGUCUCUAGACCAGAGCUCCCCUCCACAGAGCAACACUCCAGGCACCCCACCCUCUUACAAACUGCCGCCCUUACUGGGGGCAUUUGAAAGCAAGGACGACUUCCCCCUCCGUAAGACUGCCUCGGAGCCCAAUCUGAAGGUGCGCUCCCGCUUAAAACAGAAGGUGGCAGAAAGAAGGAGCAGUCCUCUGCUCCGCCGCAAAGACGGCACAGUGAUCAGCACCUUCAAGAAGAGAGCCAUCGAGAUCUCGGUCUCCUCCAUGUGCAGUAGUGCCCCUGGCUCUGGCCCCAGCUCUCCCAACAGCUCCAACAGUGCCAUCGCAGAAAACGGCUCCAGUGGCUCUGUCCCCAACAUCCACGCUGAGCAGCUGCGAUCCCUACACCAGUCUCUGAAUGCGGAUGGGACUGCGAGCCCCCUCAGUCUGUACACCUCUCCAUCUCUGCCCAACAUCUCCCUGGGGCUGCCUGCUAAUGCACACAUCACGGCCCCUCAGAAACUGAGCGCUCAGCAGGAGGCGGAACGGCAGGCCAUCCAGUCCAUGCGUCAGGGUGGGGCCCUGACCGGGAAGUUUAUGAGCACCUCGUCCCUGCCGGCAUGCCUUCCUCCCGGGGCAGCCCAUGACGCCGAGCCCCCCGCUGCGCCCAACAGCCACGGGAGCCACUCGUCUCUGCUGCAGCAUGUCCUGCUUCUGGAGCAGGCCCGCCAGCAGAGUGCCCUGCUUGCAGUGCCCAUGUACGGGCAGUCGCCACUGGUGACGGGCGAGCGGGUGUCCAACAGCAUGCGGACGGUGAGCAAGCUGCCGCGGCACCGGCCGCUGAGCCGCACACAGUCGGCGCCGCUCCCACAGACGCCACAGGCCCUCCAGCAUCUCGUCAUGCAGCAACAGCACCAGCACUUCCUGGAGAAGCAGAAACACUACCAGCUCAACAAGAUCCUUUCCAAAGGGGCGGAGCUUCCCCGCCAACCUCCCACCCACCCAGAGGAGACGGAGGAGGAGCUUACGGAGACCGCAGAGAUGCUGGAGGAGCGAGGGGAGGGCCCUGAACAUGUGAGGGAGGGGCUACACAAGGAGAGCUCUGGCGAGACCACUCCCCCUUCAGAACAUGUGGUCCCUCUGAAGGGUGAGAGCACAGAAAGUGACCUGGAGGAGGAGGAGGAUGAAGACGAAGCCAUCGAGCUCAAGGAUUGUGAUGAAGAGAGUCCCCUCUACGGGCAGUUCUCUGAGCAGCAGCACCUGCAGCAGCUGAACGUGUUCCAGGCGUCUGUGUCCAUCGCGGGGAUGCCCCACAGGCCGCUGGGAAGGGCCCAGUCCUCCCCCGUCACCUCCGCGCUUAAAGGGGCGCCCAUGGGAGAGUUUCCCAUCAAGCACCUCUUCACUACAGGGCUGGUGUACGACACCCUCAUGCUGAAACACCAGUGUAUGUGCGGUAACACUCACAUCCACCCGGAGCACGCCGGCCGCAUUCAGAGCGUGUGGUCCAGGCUUCAGGAGACAGGCCUGCUGGGCCGAUGUGAGAGGAUCCGUGGCAGGAAGGCCACCCUGGAUGAGAUACAGAUGGUGCACUCUGAAUACCACACUCUUCUCUACGGCACCAGCCCUCUCAACAGGCAGAAAUUAGACAGCAAAAAGCUCUUAGGGCCGAUCAGUCAGAAGAUGUAUGCGGUGCUGCCAUGUGGAGGAAUAGGGGUGGACAGUGACACGGUGUGGAAUGAGAUGCACUCAUCCGGCGCCGUGCGCAUGGCCGUGGGCUGCGUCAUAGAGCUCGCCUUCAAAGUCGCUGCCGGGGAGCUGAAGAACGGCUUCGCGGUGGUCCGUCCGCCCGGACAUCACGCUGAGGAGUCCACGGCCAUGGGGUUCUGCUUUUUCAAUUCGGUGGCCGUCACAGCCAAACUGCUCCAGCAGAAACUAGGCGUGGUCAAGGUCCUCAUCUUAGAUUGGGACAUUCACCAUGGUAACGGGACUCAGCAAGCCUUUUACAAUGACCCCAAUGUGCUCUACAUCUCCCUGCAUCGCUAUGACGACGGCAACUUCUUUCCUGGCAGCGGAGCCCCUGAAGAGGUUGGAGCUGGGUCCGGUGUGGGCUUUAAUGUGAACAUAGCCUGGACCGGGGGAGUUGACCCUCCCAUGGGUGACGUCGAAUACCUCUCUGCCUUCAGGACGGUGGUGAUGCCCAUUGCUAACGAAUUCUCCCCUGACGUGGUGCUCGUCUCGGCUGGCUUUGACGCUGUCGAAGGCCACCAGUCCCCUCUAGGUGGUUACAACGUCACCGCCAAAUGUUUCGGGCACCUGACCAAGCAGCUGAUGACCUUGGCAGGUGGGCGGGUAGUCCUGGUGCUAGAGGGAGGUCAUGACCUCACAGCCAUCUGUGACGCAUCUGAGUCCUGUGUGGCAGCAUUGCUGGGAGAUGAGUUGGAUCCUUUGCCUCAGGCUGUACUUCAGCAGAAACCCUGUCCAAAGGCUACAGCUUCCCUUGAGAGAGUCAUUGAGAUCCAGAGUAAGCACUGGGCGUGCCUGCAGAGAUCUGCUCCUACAGUGGGCCAGUCCCUCUUGGACGCCCAGCGCCGCGAAAAAGACGAGGCGGACACAGUGACAGCUAUGGCUUCCCUCACCGUGGACACAGAGCAGACAGCGGCCUCCUCACAGAGCAGCAGGACUGCUGAAGAACCAAUGGAGGAGGAGCCGGCAUUGUAGGAGGAAACGCCGAACCUGUCACCGCGGUGACUUCAGUGUCCACACCUGCUUGGCAAGCAACGGUCACCCUUGAGCCACGCCUCCUUUUCCUCCACCCAGCUCUCUGAUUGGUUCCCUUGGUCCUUCACUCGUUUCCGGGUGCCUGACGGACAUGUGCGGCGCCUGCCCACCUUUGCUUUCUCCAGACGUCCCAGAGCAGGGGGCGUGCUCAGCGUAGGGAGGUGGGGCAGCCGACCGGAGAUCCACACGGGAGAUCCGAGACCGGAACGUUUUUCGGGAAAGGCCUUGGUUUUAUUUUUUUUGCUCGUUUCACUGGACAGAGGGAGCAAAAAAAGAAAAGAAAAGGAAGACAGAGAGAAGGAAACAGACAGACCGACAACGCUGGAAUGUUGUCACGGCAACGGUGGGGGGGAAAAACACUUUGUACAUUUAUUGUGCUUUAUACAAAAGAUGUUUGAAAUGGAAAAAGCCAACAAGCAGCAAAAAUACACACACACACACACACACACACACACACACACAUACAUUGAAACACAAAGUUCCUAAGAGGGUGAACUGGGCUGUUUUAACCCCAUUAAACCUAGCUCUCUUUUUGCGAACAGGCGCUAACCUCUUGACUGUCCAUCGUGUCCGUUGGUUCGUAGACUCGUUCAUAUGUACAGUAUCCUGUUGAGAUGAGCACACAAACACUUGAUCCUGAUAUAUUUACAGACAUGCACACGUGGCUUCGUGUAUGCUGUAGAAACGCGCAUACGCCGAGGGGAACACAGUUUCCCUUUGUCCAUUUCUGGCUCUACACGGAGGUCAAGGCCACGACCUCUCGGCACUCAAGGAACGCUUCCCUUGCCCUUUGACCUUUCUGUUGAGAACUUUUGUUGGAUUUUAUUGUUGGUUUUUUUUUUGGGGUUUCACAGAAGUAAAGAACUUUUUUCUUCUUCAGAGGGCAUACACGUCACUGUAACUAUGACAACCACACACGCUCCCUCACUCGUUCCACUCACGCACUCGUUUCCGCUUGCACACAAUGGCAGUGCGUUGACUUAAGGACGCGGAGAGUGGCUGUUGUAAAGGAGAAAGGGUUCCAGUGUCUCUCUGUGUCUCCGCAACAAGCGAACACACACACGCACGCACGCAUGAAGACGGCUGAAGAAGAACCCGGUGCCUUUUAUACUACAGAACACAUUUGAAACACACACACCUACCACGUCAGACAUGCGCAGUGCUCUCUAGCUGCCGUGGCGUUUUUGUUAUAUUUAAUUUCCCCCUCACUUUUGUCCAACUGCCUUAAUUUUUGAGAGAGCAGCAUUUUGAGCCUGCGUCUGGUCAGCACAGCGGGGACCUGAACCCUCUCAUUCUCCUCUCCUUCUUUCAGGGUGUGUGUGUUGGGCUCAGAGGUUAAAGGUCAAGGCUCUGCCUAUGAGCCGCCUUCUUGUUCUUAUUCUGAUCCUUGUGUUUUUAGGUUUUUUUUGUUUGUUUUUUUUUGUUUUUUUACUUUUUACAGUCGCAUGUUCCAUGAUCUGCUCGUGUGGAAGUACCAAUGAUAUGGUGAUGAUGAUGAUGAUGAUGACCAACUAUUGUGUUUUUUUUUUUGUGGAGUUGUUUUUUUGUACAUAAUGUGUUUGGCUCGCCUCUCUCUUUGGAAGUCUUUGGAAGUAAUAAUGAAAACUUGGUUUUCCUUAGGUUUUCCAAGGACUAAGUGUCUGUGGUCACUUUUAUAUGGAAAAGUUUCCUUUUUAUAUGAAAAUUCAAAAGAAAACCAAAACAGCCCUCAGUAUUAAUCUGCUCGGUUGGUUUAAAAUAUUCUGUAGGGAGGAACGUGUGUAACACGCUGGGGCAGAUCUUUGUUCUUUAUGUUUUUUCUUUUUACAAGUGAUGUUUGUGUUGUAUCAUUGCACGAUGAAUGUGGCAUCAGGGUUUUAUGGGAUUUGUGUUACUGUUUAAAAAAAAAAGUUUCCAAUUUUUUAAAAAACAUUAUUCAAUACAGGCAAUAAGGUCUACCACCACUUUGGCUUCAAACACUUCAUCACUCUACCACCUCCUGACUCGACUCAUCACUCUGCCACCUCCUGACUCCACUCGUCACUCAUCCCCCUCCUGACUCGACUCAUCACUCUGCCACCUCCUGACUCCACUCGUCACUCAUCCCCCUCCUGACUCCACUCGUCACUCUGCCAUCUCCUGACUCCACUCAUCACUCAUCCCCCUCCUGACUCCACUCGUCACUCUGCCACCUCCUGACUCCAUUCGUCACUCUGCCACCUCCUGACUCCACUCGUCACUCAUCCCCCUCCUGACUCCACUCGUCACUCUGCCAUCUCCUGACUCCACUCAUCACUCAUCCCCCUCCUGACUCCACUCGUCACUCUGCCACCUCCUGACUCCAUUCGUCACUCUGCCACCUCCUGACUCCACUCGUCACUCAUCCCCCUCCUGACUCCACUCGUCACUCUGCCAUCUCCUGACUCCACUCAUCACUCAUCCCCCUCCUGACUCCACUCGUCACUCUGCCACCUCCUGACUCCACUCGUCACUCAUCCCCCUCCUGACUCCAUUCGUCACUCAUCCCCUUCCUGACUCCAUUCGUCACUCUGCCACCUCCUGACUCCACUCGUCACUCAUCCCCUUCCUGACUCCUCUCGUCACCCUUGCACCCUCUGCAGGACGAUCAGCCUCCUUCGGCUCCUACAGCUUUACUACUUUGCUUACUCUUGCGCCAGAUCUUAUUUUCCUGUUAUUUUACACAUGUAUGGCGGACGGCGUGUUUCUUCAGCCACUUUGCAGUUACCUUUAAACAGCACGGCAGACCAUUCCUCUGUUUUAGCGCAGCCGCCUGUAACGUCCAGGACCUGCCUACAUUCAAGGCAAGAAAGCGCAUUAACACUGUCAGAAGAUCUCUGGCAUUUUUUGGAGUUUCAGGGGUGCACUCGACCCAAAACGUCAUGUGCACAUUUAUGUUUAACUCAUCCCAACACUUUGAGAGACAACACUAAAAUUCUCACACAUCUGUAUACACACACAAACACACACACUCCAGCAUACCUCCUCAGUCUGGUGUCUCGUCUCAUUGCUUUGCUGCCAGGUGUUCUUCAUGUUGUGGGUGUAGAGAGUGUACAUGCUGGAGUACACGCUGGAGUACACGCGGAAGCUCUGGUGCACACACUGACACACACAUUUCCUGACUCUUGCUCUACUUCAUUCAUUUGGAGUCGGAAAUGAACACUGAAGAAAUUUUUAGUUUCAGCUUUUGGAAAUUCAGAAGUUUAGACUUGCAUCUUUCUCUUAUUGUAAAUCUUUGAAACAUUGUCUAUUCGCGCAGACAACCUCCUAGCCUUUGGGCAAUAAUUUAUACUUGUAUAUUGCACAUCUUUUUAACAUUUGAUGAAGUAAGGCCAGUUUCUGUAACACGCCGCCCUCUGCAGAGAACGGUGUUAGCAGUUAAUCCACAUGUCCCAUUCACGUUGUUCAAAAACACUGAAGUUACCCCUCACAGUCACUGUGUCCUUGUUUACUGUUUGAUUGUGGUCAUUUGCUUGCUUGCUUGCUUUCAUCAGUGAGACGGUUUGUUCGUUUUCAUCAAUGGUCUCGAGCUUGUGCGUAGGACACUUGUUUUGUUUGUUUUAAAAAAAAGCUAAACAAACAAAAAACACACACUUGGCUGAAGCUGGCCACUAUACAUUAAAUCCUGUAAUAUACAAAGAGAAACCUCCCUGGCUAUAUGGCUACAGGUUAAACAGUCCAACAGGAACUACUGUGACCAUGUUUUGUAAUGUUUCAAUGUGGCUCACUGACCAUCGCAAUUUGUGCAUAGUUUUGUAUCGCAACCUUGUAUGGCAUUAAAUGGUGGUUGGCUGUGCAGUUGGUGGUGAAUGAAGAGGUGGGGGACUGUUCAGGCCCUGUCCUUCUGAGAGAGGGAACGAGAGCAAUAGUCAGAGAAGGGGGCUUUUUUAGAGGAAUGUGAUCCUAUCUAUGGCCUCUGCCGCAGCAGUUUCUACGAUUUUGUUUUUCUAAAAUGAAUAAAUAAUGGCAACAAAUUUGAAGAGGGCCUUAAGAUGGACAGUGAAAGACCUCUUUGUGCGCAAAGGAUUCUCAACAGUCACCAUUGGAGAUAGUUUUGUUGUCGCUGCCACACUAUUUUACUAUUCAGUAAAUAUGUAUAUUUAUUGAUAUUUCAUAUGUUGUGUAUAUGUCGUGCCCUAUGAUUGCUGAGGUUCAAAGAGUACUUGUAUAUUUUUUUGACUUUUUGGAACGAGAGGUUGUGUGUCUCCAAUAGUCCCUCCAUUGCGCUGGUGUUCUGUCGCCACUACGUGAUUGGAUGUUUGAAUAUGUGUCUUUUAACCUUACAUUUUUAAUAUUCUCUCUCGCUCGCUCGCUCUGUCUGUCUUUCCUCUGCUCAUAUUGAUAUGCAGAAGUUGAAAUUAUCAAAGCACAUUCCUUAAUUUCCUUGUUUCUCUUUUUCGAUGCUUUCAUGUUGCGACAAUACAAAGGUGUGUGUAUACUAACUGCUACACACGUGUAUAUAGAGUGCAUAUAUGUGUACACAUGUGCAAUACACGCUAUUUGAGCAAUCUAUUACUGUGAUUAUAAUUCAUUAAAAGUGCUGUCCCUUUGA